CAUCGCGCCUCCGACUUUCUGUUCUGUCCCCAAAUCACAAGAACCAAAUCGCCAAAUCCCUACUGGAUCUCCCGGUCUCGUUCCAAGCCAAAAAUUGAAUCCUAACCUAACGCCGGCAGAUCAUCUCGUUUGUCCCCUGCGGAAUCCCCAGAUCCACCCGCGAAACUCCAUGGUGCGAGUGGAUGCUAUGGCGGUCGACGGUCGACCGCUGAAGCGGGCGCGGCAGCGGGCGGCGGCGGACGGCCUCCAGGCCCUACCGGUUGGCGGUAGCGGGGGAAGCGAGCAUGCUUCCGCUGAUGGGCCGUUCCGCCUCUCCGUGAGGUCCUUUAUCGCCCGUCACGCCCGAGUCGCGCCGCCGCUGGUCGUGCCGUGGAUUCGCACGUGGCGGAUCCCUUUCCAGCUUGUUGCGACUGACGCCUCCGGCACCGUCGUCGAUCUGGACGUUGUGGAGGAGGAUGUAUCCAGAUCCAAGAGAGUCUACUGCGAUUACUGCAGAAUUAUCGGUUGGAGUGAGAAUCCAGUGUGUUGUACAAGAUAUCACUUUAUAAUCCGCAAUGAGAGCAGUCCAACUUUGUUCCAUCAGCAACGGCAUUGCAGUCAUUGUAGGGCUUUGCAUGACCUCUCAGCCUUAAGAUGUGGUUCUUGCGAUCAUGAGAUGGCCGCUCUUGAUUUGGAAGAACUGGCACACACUCAAUUGGACGACUCAACUCACUUGUUGCAUGGGGUGAUCCAUGCCAAUGGAUAUGGCCAUCUUCUGAGAAUCAAUGGCCGGGAAAGCGGCUCAAAAACUUUAAUGGGUUGUGAUUUGAUGGAAUUUUGGGAUCGCCUGUGCAAAGUACUCCAUGUCAGAAAGGUGUCUGUGAUGGAUGUGUCGAAGAAGUAUGGAAUGGAGUACCGACUCAUCCAUGGAGUCGCCACCGGCCGUUCCUGGUAUGGAAAUUGGGGUUACGAGUUUGGCGCAGGCAGCUUUGCGCACACAGCUGAAACAUACCAAAGCGCAUUGAAGACCCUCUCCGCAAAGCCACUCUCACCCUUGCACUCCUCCCGUGGCCAAGAACUUGGCACCCAGUUGGAGAAGACAGUUGCCCUGUACACGUUCCUUUCCCCUCGAAGGCUAGAGACAUUGCAUGACCUUUUCUCUUUCAUCUUCAAGCUACUCGAAGACACCCAUGGCCAUGGGGAGAAGAACCAAACAGAGCUACUUCCACAGUGCCGAUGGAGAGAGACAGACAUCGCAAGGGCAGAGGAUGCCGUCGUUAAGAUUCUCUGUGCUGUCAACAAGUUGCAGUGGGUCACGCAGCGGGCUCUCCAACGAGCAACCUUUCGGUCUGUAGGUUCUAUUGAGCUGCUUGAUUACUGCCUCAAGCGACUCGGCAGUAGACGAGUUGCUGAUGGUUCCGUCAUCACAGUCAGAUGCAACUCCAAGACGAACUCGGUAGAGUACAGACUCGAACCUGCGGCUGCUUCUGACAUAGCUUCGCCUGCCCAGUGCCGCUGCAGACCAUCCAGGGAAAACCUCAUCCGUGAUCUCAGAUUGCUGUACGACACCCUUCUCAAUCCUGACAAAAUGCAGCUGGAGUCGCCCCGAAGGUUAGCAGCCACGAUCCUUGACUGCAAGCAAUUCAUGAAGCACUACGACAGAGCGAAGGAUGUGGCAAAUCCAAACCCGUUAGCGCUGCACGUAUGGUGCCACGUGGAGCUAGUCAACAGGCCGAAGGACUACGUACGGCCCCCUCCAGAACUGCUUAUCCUGCCCCUCCAUGCCACAGUUGCGGACCUCAAGUAUGAGGCGACGAAGGCUUUCAAGGAGACAUACUUGAUCUUGCAAUCGUUCCGAGCAGUGCAAGUUGUAGUGGAUGGCGAGGUUGCCCACGAUGACAUGCUGGUUAAUUUCUUGCUUGGCUCGGACGAUUUGAUCAGAGUAGAGGGAUGCUUGGGAGAUGGAUGUGUGUUCGAGCAGUUCCGGAUGGAAAGAGGGACAGAGACUUGGACAGUAGACUGUGCCUGCGGAUCCAAAGACGAUGACGGCGAGAGGAUGCUGACGUGUGAUAGCUGCGGAGUCUGGAAACACACAAGAUGCUCUGGGAUCAGUGACUUCGAUGAGGUUCCGGCAAAGUUCAUCUGCGGAUCAUGUUCCUGGAAGCCCAAGUACCGUGUCAGAGGCAAAAAAACCGAUAAAUAUGUAGUCUCAGACAUGACAUGCCAAUACAAUGUAGCAUCAUCAAACAGUGGAAAAGGCAAAGGCAAAUAUGUAACACUAAUAACUUGAAACUCUGUAGUCCAAACUUGUACAUAUUGAUAGAUUACUGCUUAGUGAAUACUUGCAAAGAUCCUCAAGAAAUCAAAGAAAGGAAUUGCUACUAUAUUAAUUUGAA